AUGAGUGAAGAGAAUGUUAAAGUUUUUUGUUAUGUACGCGGUAAAGUACAAAAUGUAAUGUUUAGACAAACUUUAAUGCGUGCUGCCUUGAAGAGGGGCGUAGUUGCAGGCGCUACAAACAACAAAAAAGAUAGAAACCGUGUGGAUAUAGCAUUAGAAGGACCAGCAAGCAAAGUAACUGAAAUUACAGAAGGUCUUAAAUCAGGAAAGAAACUCAAUUCAUGGAAUGCUCAUGCAACAGAAUUCCAUAUAUUAGAAACUGGAAAGGCUGCAUUAGAGCAUGAAGUAAAUACUUCAAAUGUUGACAAUAUAAAGUGGAAACAAGGCGUAGAAUUUUAUCUUUGA